AUGUCCAUCGCGUUCUCCGUCUCCGCGGCCGCGGCCGCGCCCGCAUCCCGCGCGCACACCGCGUCGUCGCGUCGGUACGACGAGGCCGUCGCCGCGCGCGCGAGGAAGCCCGCGUCCGUCCUCCUCUCCCCCUCCUCGCCGUCCAAGUCCUCGGCGCGCAAGCCGAAGCGCGGCGUCGGGCUCUCCGCGACGACGACGGAGACGGAGACGGAGACGUCGGCGGAGGCGUCCACGUCCGAGUCAAAAGCGAAGUUCGACGUGUUCUGCGCGGAGCAGAUGGUGGACGAGGCCGCGAUGCUCGCCGCGUCCUCGUUCGCGAUCGCCCCGAGCGAUCUCAUCGCGAAGACGAAAGCGAUCCUCGCGGCGAACAACGGCGCGGAGAACCCGGCGCUGCUCGCGUCCGACUUCCAGUUCGUCGCCCCGGUCGUCGGCCCGCUCCCGAAGGAGAGGUUCCUCGAGGCGUUCGCGGGGUUCAAGAUCGAGGAGGGGUUCCCGGACGCGAAGUUUAACUAUUACGCGUUUCGAGUCGACCCGUUCGAGCCGUCGCGCGUGUGGUACGACACGCGCUUCGUCGGCGUCAACUCCGGGGAUCUCGUCGGGGGCAACUUGAAAGCGACCGGGAAGAGGGUCGAGGCGCCGCCGCAGGCGUGCAGCAUGCGGUUCAACGCGCGCGGCGAGUGCGAGCAGCUCACGGUGGGGUACGUCAUGGACAAGCAGAUCGGGAACACGGGGGGGCUGGGCGGGGUGUUUGGGAUUCUGUACACGAUUGGCUACGGGCUGCCGUUCCCGGAGGCGCAGCCGUGGCAGAAGAGCGUGCAGUACGACCUGUUCCAGAAAGUGAGCGGGUUUUCGAGCGAGCUGCAGAAGUUCGUGAAGGGGCUCUCCGGCGGAGACUGA